AUGGAGCGGCGCACUCACACGCCCUGUCGGGAGCGCUGCGCCUUCUGGAACAGCUUCCAGGGCUUGUACGGGCUGCCCGAAGGGCCGGGCAGGGCGCCUGGGGGCGGGCCCUCACCCCUGCCCGCGGAGCCACGGCUGGGGCCGGGCUUCAGCCCGCCCUCUCCUGGCAGCCGGACACGCGGCCUGCAGGCGCCUCCUGACAGUAAACACUGUGCUUCUCGGGGACGGGCAGUGUCCGACUUGCGGCGGCCGAGAGCGGCCUGCGCCCUCCCACAAACGAGCCUGCGGGCUGUGGCCGCACCAAGGCGGCCACCGACGGUGUCCCGGGGGGGUCCGCCGCGCCACGGCCACCCCCCGGAUGGCCCGGCGCCUCGGCCGAAGUGCCUGGACAGGCGGCAGUGGGGGGGAGGGAGCUCCACGGGGAUCCGCGAGGGCACGGACCCCACUCCUCCAGCGCCACCACCACGUCCCGACCACCGCCCCCAGGCCCCUUCUCCCGGCUACACCACACCGGACCGCACUUUCACGCGGGCCUCGACACUGGGCGAGCACUCCCCCGGCCACGUCUCGGAGCCCCGGGGGCCACGGCAGCGGGUUUGCGCCUGUCAGCUCCCAGCCACGCGCCCCUGUCACCCCUGUCUGUGGCUGCCCAGAGCCCCGGCCAAGGAAUCCGGGGGGAGGCUCUGGGGUUGGCACCGCUUCAGUGGAAAAUGUGAGGGGGCAGCCUCGGCGCCUGGGGGCCGGGGGCUGUGCCGGUUGCCCUGCCACGUCAGACCCCAGGGAGGGUGCCUGGGUGCUGCCGCCCCGCUAGCCCGGAGCUGGCCCUCCGCCCUCGCCCCUGUGCCCCCGGAGCUUGAAGGGGCGGUGGGGGUGUCCAGUGCUGACGCGCGACCCUGCCGCCCCCAGGAUGUGCGGAACACAGUGGGCAACGUGCCCCUGGCGUGGUACGAUGACUUUCCCCACGUGGGCUACGACCUGGACGGCAGGCGCAUCUACAAGCCCCUGCGCACCCGCGACGAGCUGGACCAGUUUCUGGCCAAGAUGGACGACCCGGACUACUGGCGCACGGUGCAGGACCCGAUGACCGGGCACGACGUGCGGCUGACCGACGAGCAGGUGGCCCUGGUGCACCGGCUGCAGAGGGGCCAGUUUGGGGAUGUGAACUUUGACCCCUAUGAGCCCGCCGUGGACUUCUUCAGCGGGGAGCUCAUGAUCCACCCGGUGACCAACCGCCCGGCCGACAAGCGCAGCUUCAUCCCCUCGCUGGUGGAGAAGGAGAAGGUGUCCCGCAUGGUGCACGCCAUCAAGAUGGGCUGGAUCCAGCCCCGCAAGCCCCGCGACCCUACGCCCCGCUUCUACGACCUGUGGGCCCAGGAGGACCCCGACGCCGUGCUGGGCCGCCACAAGAUGCACGUGCCGGCGCCCAAGCUGGCGCUGCCUGGCCACGCCGAGUCCUACAACCCGCCGCCCGAGUACCUGCCCAGCGAGGAGGAGCGCCUGGCGUGGGAGCAGCAGGAGCCCGCCGAGAGGAAGCGCAACUUCCUGCCGCGCCGCUUCGCCAGCCUGCGGGUCGUGCCCGCCUACGGCCGCUUUGUCCACGAGCGCUUCGAGCGCUGCCUCGACCUCUACCUGUGCCCACGGCAGCGCAAGAUGCGGGUGAACGUGGACCCUGAGGACCUGAUCCCCAAGCUGCCGCGGCCGCGGGACCUGCAGCCCUUCCCCACGUGCCAGGCCCUGGUCUACAGGGGCCACUGCGACCUCGUGCGCUGUCUCAGCGUCUCACCCGGGGGCCAGUGGCUGGCUUCAGGCUCCGACGACGGCUGCGUGCGGCUCUGGGAGGUGGCCACCGCCCGCUGCAUGAGGACCCUGCCUGUGGGGGGCGUGGUGAGGAGCGUGGCCUGGAACCCCCAUCCCGCGGUCUGCCUGGUCGCUGCCGCCGUAGAGGACACCGUGCUGCUGCUGAACCCGGCCCUGGGGGACCGGCUGGCCGCUGGCAGCACCGACCAGCUGCUGGGCGCCUUCACCCCGCCCGAGGAGCCUGUCCAGCAGCCUGCCCGCUGGCUGGAGGCCUCGGAGGAGGAGCGGCGGCGCGGCCUGCGGCUGCGCGUGUGCCACGAGCAGCCGGUGACUCAGGUGACCUGGCACGGGCGUGGGGACUACAUGGCCGUGGUGCUGGCCACCUCGAGCCACACCCAGGUGCUGAUCCACCAGCUGAGCCGGCGCCGCAGCCAGAGCCCCUUCCGCCGCAGCCACGGGCAGGUGCAGCGGGUGGCCUUCCACCCCACGCGGCCCUUCCUGCUCGUGGCCACCCAGCGCAGCGUCCGCCUCUACCACCUGCUGCGCCAGGAGCUCACCAAGAAGCUGCUCCCGAACUGCAAGUGGGUGUCUAGCCUGGCCGUGCACCCUGCAGGCGACAACGUCAUCUGCGGCAGCUACGACAGCAAGCUGGUGUGGUUCGACCUAGAUCUGUCCACCAGGCCCUAC